AUGAAGGAGCAGCUGGCGGCUUCAGCAGCGCAAAUGGCAGCACAAACAGACAAACUUCAUCACAAGCUGGAUGAGAUUUUGGGCCGUGAUUCUGACAAGGGAGGUGGUGAAAGAUUACCUAGUCGUGAGCGUUGGAAUGGUAACCACAACAAGGUCACCAUCUCAAGCCAAGAUGAUCAGCAAGAUGCAUCCGAUCUGGUUGCCCAAAUUAGACUCUUGCAACUUCUGUUUGGCUGCUCUGUAGUGGCCAUCGUCGUGCUGCAGUACAAGAAGAAUCAGCUCAUAGCAGAUCGUCAGUGA